GAAAUAUUUGGUGGCAAAAAGUGUAAUUUAGGGAAAGUGAAAAAGAGUCGGGAGGGUCAAAACCCUAGACUCCGGCAUAGAAGAAUCAACCAUCCUUUCUCUAAAACUCUCCGAUUUCCCACUCUUCGGUCUUCGCUUCUCCGAUUCCCAUCCUCGAUCUUCUACAGAUAUACCCAGUUUUAUAAGUUCAUGGCUGGGCAGAGGAAUAGUUAUGGUAAACGAAACCAUUCUCAGUCUGAUUAUUCUGAAAAUGGGGGCAACAAACGAAGAAGUCAUGGUGAGGACCGGGACCAGUUUGUCAUAGAUUCAGAAGAUACUGUUUACCGGUAUUUGUGCCCUGUUAAAAAGAUUGGAAGUGUUAUUGGAAGGGGAGGAGAGAUUGUGAAGCAGCUAAGGGUAGAUACUAAAUCAAAGAUUAGGAUUGGAGAAACAGUGCCUGGAUCAGAUGAGCGUGUUAUAACGAUCUAUAGCGCAAGCAACGAGACUAAUUCUUUGGAAGAAAGUAGUGAUUAUGUUUCUCCAGCUCAAGAGGCUUUGUUCAAAAUCCACGAUAGAGUUGUGGCUGAUGACUUUAUGGAUGAGGAUUCUGAAGGAGGAGGUCACCAGGUUACAGCUAGACUUCUUGUACCCUCUGAUCAAAUUGGUUGUAUUAUUGGAAAAGGUGGACAGAUUGUACAGAAUAUUCGCACUGAGACUGGGGCACAGGUCCGCAUUCUUAAGGACGAUCAUUUACCACGUUGUGCUUUGAGUUCUGAUGAACUUGUGCAAAUAUCUGGUGAACCCUUGAUUGUGAAGAAAGCCUUGUACCAGAUUGCAUCACGUUUGCAUGACAAUCCAUCACGAUCUCAGCAUCUACUUGCUUCUGCCAUACCUGGUGUAUAUUCUUCUGGUGGUUCACUUAUGGCUUCUACACAUGGUGCCCCAAUUAUGGGAUUAGCCCCAUUGGUCAGUCCGUAUGGAGGUUAUAAAGGUGACAGUGGUAAUUGGUCCAGGUCUUUAUAUUCAGCUCCAAGGGAAGAUUUAUCUUCAAAAGAGUUUUCUCUUCGACUGAUAUGUCCAACUGAAAAUAUUGGGGGUGUCAUUGGAAAAGGUGGAGCAAUAAUCAAUCAGAUUAGACAGGAGACCAAGGCUGCCAUAAAAGUUGAUAGUUCAGCUACUGAAGGAGAUGAUUGUUUGAUAAAUAUUUCAUCAAAGGAGUUUUUUGAAGACUCAUAUUCUCCCACGCUGGAAGCUGCAUUGCGCUUGCAACCAAGAUGCAGUGAGAAAGUAGAAAGAGAUUCUGGGAUUAUUUCAUUCACAACCCGUCUGCUUGUGCCUACCUCACGAAUUGGUUGCUUAAUUGGUAAAGGUGGAGCUAUCAUUACCGAGUUGAGGAGGCUCACCAAGGCUAAUAUUCGAAUACUGUCAAAGGAAAAUCUCCCCAAGGUUGCCUUGGAAGAUGAUGAAAUGGUGCAGAUAUCUGGGGAUCUUGAUGUUGCCAAGGAGGCUCUUAUACAUAUAGUGACCAGGCUUAGAGCCAACCUUUUUGAUAGAGAAGGUGCUCUCUCAGCCGUUCUGCCUGUUCUGCCGUAUCUUCCUCUGUCAGCUGAUGGUUCAGAUAGUCUAAGCUACGAUGGUAGAGAAGGUAAAAGACAUGGGCGUGGACAUUCAUAUUCAAGUGGUUAUGGGGGUUUCAAUGAUUUGGCUGGUGGUGAUGGUUAUGGAAGCUACAGCGGCUCACAGAUUGGUAGUGGUGGAAGUGGUGGUGGUGGUGGUGGUGGCAGUGCUUAUGGGGCCUAUGGAAAUUUUUCUGUGGGACGAAGUGGUAGUUCAGGGGUUUCUGGACAUGGCAGUGUUUCUCGGAGGAGAAACUAUUCCUAGAUAUGGCGCUCAUUAGCUACAGCUGAGAUUUAUGAAGCCUGAGGGCCAGCCUACUGCCUAAACCUGAAGACCAGAUGAACCAGAGUUUGACAUAUUCAUUGCCCACCUUGAUGCUACCUUUAGAAGAACCAUGCCUGAAGAUCCUGUUGACUCUUAAUUUUAACUUGUCCACAUACCAAGAUGACCAUGCACAAACUCUUGAGCUCCUUAAGAACCUACUAGCUGAAAUGCCUUGGCUUUUUUUCUUGUUUUUCCUGCUCAAAGAUUGAACUAUGAAACCAUGUUGACUUCCGCAUUGGACACUUGUGGAGUUUCGUUUUGUGUGCUUUACUGCUAUAAGAUUUGAUUAGAGUUUGUGAUGUCCUUGAAA